UGCUUCUGCUGUCACAUGCAGUCAGCUGACUGCGAGCUCAAUGAUAAACAGCAAGGCUACAGGAAAUACCGUUAUUACAUUCAUCCAGACGCAGCUGUGACCAUGAAGAAGAACAAAGCCAAGGCAAGCAGCAAUACUGAGAAGGAGUUUGUGUUCGAGUUCAGGGCAGGUAAACACAACUGUGUCCUUAAAGUGCCCCUGCAGUUUCCUGUGCAGGAGAACAUCAGUGACCUUCAUGGACGCCUGAUGCUGCUGCAUAAAAUACCCUGCUACUUAGAAAGUGAACUGAAAAAGUCGCUUUCCAGUUUCGUUGAGAAGGAGACGAUUCUGGAUUAUGACAGAGAGGCAGAGCUGGCCCUGCAAAGACUCACGACAGGAGACGUAGAUGUAAACAAGCUCACUAGUGCAUGGACCAGGUCUUACGUGGAGACUACACUGGAACAUGCGCGGCCUGAAGAGCCCAGCUGGGAUGAGGACUUUGCCAAUGUGUACCAUGAACUGAUCCACUCCCCCGCCUCAGAUACGCUCCUCAACCUGGAGCACAACUACUUUGUUAGCAUCUCUGAGCUCAUCAGUGAGAGAGACAUGGAGAUUAAGAAGCUUCAGGAGAGGCAAGCGGCAGAAAUGGACAAAGUCAUGCAUGAGCUGGGAAACACACUCAGUGACCAGGAUGUGAACGCAGUAGCUUCUCAACACUUUGAUGCACAACAGGUACUCGAAAACAAGUGGGCAAGCGAGCUUAAACAAGUGACGGGCAUUCAGAAGCAUGAAUACCAAGAAUGGGUGGUCAAACUGCACCAGGACCUGCAGAAAUCCAACAACAGCAGCAAAAUAAAUGAGGAGAUUAAGGUGCAGCCCAGCCAGCUGUCAGAAGCCGCAGAUUCGGGUGCCAGGAUGUUCGAGGAACAGCCUCAGCUGGAGGAGAGCUUCACCAUACACUUAGGAGCGCAGCUAAAGACGAUGCACAACCUGCGACUGGUCCGAGCAGAUGUGCUGGAUUUCUGCAAACACAGACGACACGGCAGCAGCGGAGCCAAGCUGCGGCGGCUGCAGACGGCUCUUUCGCUGUACUCCUUCUCACUGUGCGGUCUGGUGCUCCUGGUCGAUAACAGGGUCAACUCCUACAGUGGCAUCAAGAGAGACUUUGCAACUGUGGCAAAGGAGUGCACAGACUUCCACUUCCCCUGUCUAGAAGAGCAGCUGGAGGAGGUGCAGCAGGUGGUGCUGUACGCCAGAGCCCAGCGGAGCAGCAAGCACAAAGACCAGCCUGAGACCCAAAAGAACGGCGGUGAUGAUAAGAGCAAAAAUGUUGAAAGAAAUCCCUCGAAUAUCUUACCAGGUGAGUUCUAUAUCACGCGGCACUCCAACCUGUCGGAGGUCCACGCCAUCUUCCAUCUGUGUGUGGAUGACAACGUCCGAUCGGGGAACAUCACUGCCCGGGACCCAGCGAUCAUGGGCUUGAGAAACAUCCUCAAGGUGUGCUGCACUCACGACAUCACCACCGUUACCGUCCCUCUGCUGCUCGUCCACGACAUGUCCGAGGAGAUGACCAUACCGUGGUGUCUUAAAAGGGCGGAGCUCGUAUUCAAAUGUGUCAAAGGUUUUAUGAUGGAAAUGGCCUCGUGGGACGGCGGCGUAUCACGCACAGUCCAGUUUCUAGUGCCAAAGACUAUUUCAGAGGAAAUGUUCUACCAGUUGAGCAACAUGCUGCCGCAGAUCUUCCGCGUCUCCUCUACCCUUACUCUCACGUCGAAGCACUGAUUGGUUGCACCUCAGGUCAUUCAGGCAAAUGAAGACAAAGUCUUGGGUUUUUGUGUUGUUUUUUUUAAACUAGGAUGAAUAUAGAGACUUUGUGACAUAGAUAACUUCCAUUUGUUGUUUAAAAACAAUUAAGUUAUGGUGGCAUUAAGUGCAAAAGAAUUGAUGAACUUUCCUAUCAUUGCACCUUCCAAAGCUACUCACUCUGACUGAAAGAGGACUGGAUUCACUGGCACGCUAAAACAGCUGCUGCAGUUAUCAUUUAGAGUCUCCAGGGUGUGGUUCUGGUGACAGAGUUUUAUUGCGUUAGCUGCCAGUACUGCAGACAUUUCAGUUUUCCUUUAAAGCUGCAAUCUGCAACUUUGUUCACGUUCAGCUGCUUGAAGUCGGUAAAAAUGAGACAACCAAAUGUGUAAAGUGGGCUGAACGGUAAAAAACUUGUGACUCUUCAUGUUGUCAUAUCUUUACUUUUUUCUUUUUCAGUAUGUUGAUUAUUGCAGAAAAAAAAAUCACCAAUCUGGGCUCAAACUCGAAUGCUAGUUUUGAUGUUGACAUCUUAACCGUCAUAUUUAAUUCUUAAAGAAUUUCUUGUGGUGACAGACGAUCUUACAGUUCAGCCAUCGAAUGAGAUUUAGCAGCAUGAUGUCGUGCUGCUCUGGCUUCAGUGACAUGGACUUGGCUCUUUUAGUCCUAAUGACAAAUUGCAUUGCUGCUCAUAUGAGCGGUGUGCUUGUGAUUUUGUACUGCAUUGCAGAGAGUUGAGGCGGCUGCCGCUAACUCUCUGUGGGAGUGUGAAUGUGUAUGGUCCCCCUCCCCCCUCACCUGCGUAACAGUAGAUGGCACUGUUCCUAAAGACAAAAAUGUGAAAAAGAGUAACUGUACUUGAACGCUUUGCUUAUCGGAGGAAACGUUUUGCCUGUUGAAAUUCAUCUCAAUCUAUUCUAAGUGAGGGAAACGGCACUGAAAGUACAGCUCAGUUGUAUUUUAUGUUAAACGCUUAGAUGUGCACUCUGUAUAUUUACUUUAUGUGUGUACAUUUUUUAUGUUUUAAUAAAGUAACACUCUACACUGAU